AUGUUUGGAUUGUUGAGAACAGAUCAAAGCAGGCACGUUAUCAUUUUUGUUUUUUACGUUUUCGAGCAGGUGCUUUGAAACAGAUUAUACAUGGGUGUUCCUUCACUGUUCCUUUAUAUCAAUGGCGCGAAGACAUUUUCUGUUAAAAUUGACCAUUAGAUUGUUAAAAUUGGCUAGAAUAGACUUUAUAUCGAGGCAUGUUUUCAGUUAAAAUGUGAUCAACUAUAAUAGGGCGAGCUUUGUUGAAACACAAUUAUGAGCUAAAUGCCCUGAAGCAAUAAUAACAAACAACUUUGCGGUUGGCCGUAAUAGGUUUACUGGCCACCAAUGUUGUGGCUAGUUUUAAUUGAAUGUCUAAUUCAGUGCUGUCAUUGGCUAGAAAAGACUUUGACACGCUGUCAUCUGAAAUAGGAAAAUGUAAAGUGUCUGGUGGUUUUAUAUGUUACUAUCACUUUACAAGUGUAUAAAUAUUCCGGCUUACGAGCCCGUUCAAGAAAACUCACUCUUCUGGACCAAAUGACGUCUUAACAUUGAAAUGUUUUCUCCAUUUUUUCGUCGGUUCCUUUUCUUUGUGUUGUCUUCAAAGAUACUUGAAGCAGUGUUUGCAGAAGGUUAGUUUGGAAUUUCAUUUUUGUUCUUUUUCUUCUUCUUUCUUAUAUUCUCACAAGCAAAGUCGUUUAAAACUAGCUCCUAGACGUCCUAGACCGUAAGUAAAAAAAAGGGAAACAUAACACUAUUUUUAGAGAAUUACAAAGCACAAAGAAAGAUCUUUAAUUGAAAAAAGAUUCGAUUAUUUUAGCUGAGAGUGUAUUCAAGAACAAGUUGAAUUAAAUUAAUUGAUGAAUUAUCCAUAGUUUCUGUCUUGACACCCCAAUCCACCCUUCAAGUUUGCUAAAAAAACAAGUUUGAAGCCUAUUUGUGCUUCCUAUCUAGAAAUUAAAAAAACAGUAUCCAAAACCAUUUAUCUGGCCACGUGUGGAAAACUAAGCGGCAGGUUCAAAAUUUUAGUUUUCUGGUUUUUGGCAAGCGUAGACAAGUUAGUUUUCAAGGAUUUACACAUAUUUUAAAUCUUGAGGAAGUACAAAUGAGUUGAAUAUAUUUAUAAUUGAAUUUAUUACUUGAGUUACUUGAGUUACCCGAUUUUUUUGCGGAAAUUUUUGGCCUGUUUCGUAGAAUAACAUUUUUUUGCUAUAACAGAAUCGCAUACAAUGCACCACCCAAAUCAUCUUCAAGAUAUUUUUGUAAAAGAAGAGUACCACUUUUUAAACGUCCCUGGAAUUGGAACGUUUACAGUGUACGACACCUUUGACUGCACCUUUGAAUGCCUCAGCAAUCCGUCAUGUUUGUCUUUGAACCUGGCUGCCUCCAAAGGAGCCGAUGGAAAACUUUGGUGCGAAUUGUUGACUUCGAAUAAAGACAUCAACCCAGGCGAGCUCAAAGAAAAUAAGACUUCACAUCACUUUGCUUUGAAGGUGCGAACAACGUUUUAAUUAAAUAGACUCUAAAUUAAUUAAUCAUCCUGUAGUGUCAAGACUGAAAAACCUGAGCUGAUUAUGGAUCUCAGAAUUUUAAGAAACAAAUAUAAACCUCAUUUAGUAAAAAAAGUGACACUUUACAGGCAAUUUGAGUGGAGUGAAUUAAAGAAACAGUGACUAAUUUUGUUUCUACAGGGACAGACGAUAGUAGACUAUUUCCAGAAUGGCAGACAUCAAUAAAGCGCUCAUCUCCUAAAAAAGAUGAGUCUCCGCAGCUUAAGCGCUGCGUGACGAGACAAAAACGGCUGUGAGGGAGACUAUAGAUUGGUGAACUGGUCAGAUUUAAACUGCAUGAGAUUGAAGUUAUUAGUAGUGGAAAUUGGUGCAAACAAAAUGCAUAGUCACCUGUUUUGUCUCUUACAGGGUAGAUUCCGGCCAACAUCCUGCGUCGAAUAUGGACAACAAAGUGCCUCCAAAGAUGGCAUUUAUAAGAUCUAUGACGACGGCGGAAACAGUUUCCCAGCCUACUGUGAUCUAACAUCUGAGGCCGGUAUUGCAUGGACUCUGGUCAUGUCUUGGAGUAGAGAGAAUCGCCUUAUUUCUGCUUUUUACAACACCGCACUUCAGAUCAAUGCCCCAGAGAACGAGACCUCCCCGAACUGGGAUCGUUACCGCUUAAGUCUGGAGAGAAUGAGGUCUUUGCAGGUUCACUCCACCCACUGGCGAGCAACAUGCAGCUACCCAACCCACGGCAUCGAUUUCAGAGACUACCUCCGUGGAAACUUCAAAGACUUCGACAUCGUCGAUUUCCUUGGUAAUGGCGAGUGUAAGAGGGUAGACUAUGUGGAUAUCCGUGGGCACAAUGGCACGAACCUUACGGUAUCGUUUUGGCAACAGAAAUACAGUUACACGUUGCAUACUGACAGCCGUUUGGCUGGUUCCUGCAAGUUCGACGCAUCCGUUGGAGCAGUAUCAGGUGAAGACAACUUUGGCUUCUAUGAGGUUAUGAAUCCCAAGUUCCGCUGCACACAGGCAGGCAACUCUACUACCCAGUGGUGGUUUGGAGCUCAUCUUAAAAAAUAAUUUUCGGAAAAUGAAAUUACACAGCUCCCAUGUCAGAACGAAGGGAGCCUGCAAAUUGUACUACCUUUAUAAACAGACGAAAUGCAUUCAGUUUUAGUUUUGUAGAUUUAAAUUGUUUAAAAUGUACAGCCUUAAUGGGGUCAAAAUGGCAGGUUUGUCUAAUAAUAUUUGAAAAACUCUUGGGGUGGCUCUGAAAAGGUUCGCUUUUUAUGUGCGUGAAAUAGGAAUGGGUAAUUAAACGUAAAAUGGUCACCUUUUAAAACAGCUUAUUGAGCUUUUCUAUCUUAUAACAGAAAUUUACAGGUACGGCGGAGCGCAAUUUAAACUCGGGGGGCGGGACUUGAAAACUCAUGCCGGCAACGCGA